GCUUGGCGGGAGAGGCUCCAGGCGCUGCAUCCCCGUCGAAAUAUAGGUUUUGGCGGUGCUUCGCGUGCUGGGAAGAGGAAACUAUUUUGACGAUGUCUCGGAGGUCACGGACAUGGGCGAGGCCACGGUGAACCGCCUGUUCCACCAGUUCACGGAAAGAUUCGCGCCUCCAGAGUCCGAUCAGGGCGCCAUCAAACAAGGCCGAGGCAGGAUUUAAGAGGCAACUCGAGAACGUCCGCUAGGACUCAGAGUGCUGCUUCGGCGUCUUAAAGGGCCGGUUCAGAAUUUUGAAGAUGGGUUUCCUCUACAGGAAGAGAGAGAGAAUAGACAACAUCUUCUUCACGUGCGUCAUACUGCACAACAUGCUUCUCGCCUACGACGGGAUCGAGCUGCUGGAGGCGGACUGCGGCUGGGCCGGAACGGACGGCAACCUCGACGACCACAUCGUGCACCCUGACGCGCGGCGGAUGGCGAUCACGCACGAGGCUGAGGUUGUGGAGUGGGACGACGACUUCCUCGAACUGAGGCAGAAGUGGGUGACCAACUUCGCUUACCGAUGGGGGCAGGGGACCGUUGGGUGGAUAAGGUCGUGAUGGCCUCUUGGCAAGUCACAUAUUGCUACGUAGCUGUCCUUUGGCGGGGAGCUGGGGGUGGGGGCGUCUUGACGGCGUUGUUCGUCCCUCCGACUGUACGUUAACUUCUGGGUCAUCUUAUGAUUUGAGUUUAGUUUCGCUGGAGGGUGGGCGGUCUCGUGUGGUCGUUAGUUUCCCCGCUGAGCUAUGAAUUGGGUACGAUGGCGGCAAAUCACUUCGCCUCUGAAUGUAGUCUUUUCUGUACGUCGUCUUUCGAGUGCUUGUUUUGUCCCCAGAUGUUCUCUGGUAUGUGGAAUCCCAGUCCACUGGCGGUAUUUUGGAAUCUUGCCCUGAGUGUAGCGAUUAAAUCUGGUCGUGGUUCUGACUCACGUUUGUGCCGGAGUAGUCGCCGCUCUUUGCGCAACACCUUUCCGACCAGGUUUGUGGUGCGA